AUGGGAGCCGAUUCUGUGAUCAGCAAGGCAACUGCUGGGAAGGAAGAGGAAAGCCUGCCGGAUAACACAGAUGGGAUCUCUGUUGUCAAAGUUCCACCUCCUGGACCGACUCCAAUGAUAGACAGCACACUGGUCCAAUGUGCCGGACCAUCGUAUUCCUCUUAUCCUGAGGAACCUCAGACUGUGCGGGACGGUGCCGUCCUUCCAACAGAUAAAAGGUUUUCCUGUAGUGAGUGCGGAAAGUAUUUCCAGUUUAAAUCCCGUUUCAAUGAGCAUAAAAGAACCCACACAGGUGAGAAGCCGUAUUCCUGCCCUGAUUGUGGGAAAUGUUUUGGACAAAAAUCGUCUGUUGCCAAACAUCAAAAGUUUCACACGGGGGAAAAGCCGCACUCCUGCCCUGAGUGCGGGAAAUGUUUUUCAAAGAAAUCCCAUCUCUACAGCCACCGGAUUUUGCACACAGGAGAGAAGCCUUAUUCCUGUCCGAAGUGUGGGAAAUGUUUUGGAUAUAAAUCAGUUCUUGUCAAACAUCAAAAGACCCACACGGGGGAAAAGCCGUUCUCCUGCCCUGAGUGCAGGAAAAGUUUUACACAGAAAUCAGAUCUUGUCAUUCAUCAAAAGUCUCACACGGGGGAAAAGCCGUAUUCCUGUCCUGAUUGCGAGAAAUGUUUUGCAAUUAAAUCACGUCUUGACACACAUCAAAGGUCUCACACGGGGGAGAAGCCUUUUUGCUGUCCAGAGUGCGGAAAAUGUUUUUUAAAAAAGUCUGCUCUUAAUUAUCAUCAGAGGCUGCACACAGGUGAAAGGCCUCAUUCCUGUUCUGAGUGCGGGAAAUGUUUUUCAGCAAAGUCCUCUCUUCACAUGCAUCAGAGAUUGCACACCGGUGAGAAGCCACAUUCCUGUCCUGAGUGCGGGAAAUGUUUCUCACAGAAAUCAGACCUGGCCACACAUCAAAGAUCUCACACAGGAGAAAAGCCGUAUUCUUGUCCUGAGUGCGGAAAAAGUUUUUCACAGAAAUCAGACCUUGUCAAACAUCAAAGAUCUCACACAGGAGAGAAGCCGUAUUCCUGUCCUGAGUGCGGGAAAUGUUUCUCACGGAAUUCAUAUCUUUACAAACAUCAGAGAUCUCACACGGGGGACAAGCCAAGUUCCUGUCCUGAGUGA